AGCGAUGCUUCCUCUCCACGGCCUUCCUCACAGAUUCCUACUCUCCGGCCGGAAAACAUGGCCGUCGAGACGAUGCCUUACCUGAGUGACUUACCGGCGACCGUGGACAUGGAGGAUCUGGCCGUGCGCGAGGCCGCGGCGGCGGGACUGAAGAGCGUGGAGCAGCUGGUCCGCUUCAUCUCCGAGAAGCAGCAAAGCCCCGCGGCCGCGAUGGAGAUGGAUUGCGGCGCCGUGGCCAAUCUGGCCGUCGCUCGGUUCAGGAAGGUGAUUUCCCUGCUGGGCCGUACCGGUCACGCGCGGUUCCGCCGCGCCCCGCCCUCUUGCGCCGCGUCUUGCUCCUCCUCUCCGACCUCUUCCGGCUCCCCUCCGCCGCCUAACCCGCCGAAGGUCUACUGCCCGAAGCCCAUGCAUUUGCCGCCGCAACCACCAUCGUCAUACCACCGCCAUGCCCAGUCUUUCUCUAUCACUAGCUCCUUCAGUAAGGAGCCCAUCGUCUCCAAGGAGAAGCCCCCCCUCCUCCCUCGCCCUACCGCCUCCGGUAGGCCUCCCCUCUCUUCCUCCUCUUCUAAGAAGCGAUGCCAACCUAAAUCUGAGGAUCUUGGCGCCAAGGCUGGAAAGUGCCAUUGUUCUAAAAGAAGGAAAUCGAGGGUGACGAAGACGGUGAGGGUGCCGGCUGUUAGCUCGAAGAUGGCAGACAUUCCUUCGGAUGAGUUCUCAUGGAGGAAAUAUGGUCAAAAGCCCAUUAAAGGAUCCCCACACCCUAGAGGGUACUACAAGUGUAGCAGCUUCAGGGGUUGCCCUGCUAGGAAGCAUGUGGAGAGAGCCUCGGACGAUCCAUCCGUGCUGGUUGUUACCUAUGAGGGAGAGCACAACCACUCUCACUCUUCUCUCUCUCAACCAAUUACAGCAGGCCGGCUUGUAGAUUGAUCUCACAUAAUGUCCUGUAAAAUUUUUGAUUUUUUUCUUCUUUCCCUUCUCAUUUUGGUAGAUCUCCAACCACAUCUUAUCAUCACUCAAUUGUGUUCAACACCCAUAAUCGAGAAAAGAAGGAAAAGGAAAUCUUCCUCCUCUGUUUGUAA